AUGAGUAGCAGUCAAAUACGCGCGUGCUUGGAGGAGAUUUUACACUUCAUGCAGCCACAUUGGGAGUUUGUCAAUUGCCAUAUGGUUAGCUACUUGACAGACAAACAUUGGCAGUCUUAUGUGCCCGCAGAUAUAAAGCAUGAAGUGCCAGAUGUGGAAAGCGUACAAAACUGCAUUGAAACAGUAUUUUGGCAAAAUAAUGAUAAAGACAACAAAUUCAGUGGUGUUAAGCAAUUUGUGGCUAAUUGUGGAAAAUAUUAUUUAGAUAAAAGCGUUGAUAUACUGACACCGAUGGCACAGUUGAACAAAGCAUUAGGUCUGGUUGAAGAUGACACGGAAAAAUUGACAAUUAAAGAGUUUAUGAGUGAGAAGAAACGGCAUGAGGUAGAGAUAACAGCUGCGCUAGUCGAUCGCUUAAUACACAGUGUUUCGAAUAGCACAAGCAACGCCGAAGUGUACAUUGUCGAUGCGGGCGAUGGCAAGGGCUACUUAUCAUCACGUCUUGCCUUACAGUAUAAGCAUCGCGUGCUGGGUAUUGACUUUCAAGAAUUGAACACCGAAAAUGCUUUGGAACGCAAUCGCAAGUUGGAGCGCGUUUGGAAUGGCUUAGUUAAGCGCGCAGAAUUACAACAACAAGGCAUAACGCCUAAACGACGCGGCAAAAAUGUGCAAAAAACAACUACGCCAACGCCUGAAACAAUUACAAAUGCGAACGAAAAGGAGAUGCGCUAUAAAACCACAGCUGCAUUUAUCACACCCGACUUGAAUGUAAUAGAACUCUUGCAACAGCAGUUUCCGCAAGCGAGCGACACAUGCGCCAUCUGUUUAACCGGCCUGCACACCUGCGGCAAUUUAGCCACCACCUGUCUGCGCCUCUUUCACGAACAACCACAAUGCAAACUGAUUUGUAACAUCGGCUGUUGCUACCACCUGCUGCAAGAGGAAUACGCUUUACCGGAGUAUUUUGAAAAUGCAACGAUUAGCGCACGUCAAACAACGCCUGGUUUCCCAAUGAGUCAGUUUUUGCGCGACAAACGUGUAACGCUCGGUCGCAAUGCACGCAUGUUAGCCACACAAUCGUUCGAACGCGUCACCAGCGAACGUAGCGCCAUGAACAUUACACUCUACUAUCGUGCGUUACUCGAAGUCUUGAUUUGCGAUAGCACCAAAGAGCUGCGUCAGAAAUUGCAAGUCGGCAAAGUGCGAAAAUUUGCCAAUUUUAACGAGUAUGUGUCGCUUUGUUGUGAAAAGUUCGCGUCACAAAAUUGCAACUUACAUUGGGACGCAGCUGUGCUGGAUAGUGUACAAAAAGAAUACGCGGCUGAUGCGCAUUACAUGCAUUUAUACUAUUUGUUGCGUAUGUGUUUUGCUCAGGUGAUAGAAAGCCUCAUAUUGCUGGAUCGUUUGUUGUACUUGAAAGAGUUAGGUUAUGCAGAGAGCUAUUUGGUGGCGGUGUUCGAUGCAGUAAUAUCGCCAAGACGUUUUGGCAUUAUCGCUUUGAAAGACACGACCAGCUGACGACCUUGAUUUACUCUAUGCUACAUUUGUUUAUAUGUAUAUGUAAUUACACUAAGCCGGUAGGAUUAUAAAAUCUUUUAUUGAUAGUAAACCGUAUGCCACAUCAUAUGUGUAUACGCAUGUACAUACGCAGUGCUAAUAAAUUUUUAUUACAGCUACGACAAUUUGA